UUUCUCUUUUCCUCAAAUUCCUCUCCUCAUUCUCUCUCUAUUAUUUUUUUUUUUGUUUGCUUUCUUCCAGAAAGGAAAAGAGAGCGGCCCAGCGGAGAUUGGAAAUAAUAAAAGUCAGGGGAGAAGGAAUGGCUUCUUCUCCUCCCCUGGUUCUUCUCCUGCGGCCCCCAAACGCGGCGCUCUCUCUUUGCCUCCGCCCUUGCUUCAGCCCUCAAAACCCUAGCUUUCCCUGCUCCUCUCUCGAUGCUUCUUCCUUCCGUAGGGGAUGGGUUGGAGCCAAGAGACCUCGCGACACCAUCGGUUCGAGAGGCACGUGGCUUUGCGGAUAUUUGAGAGGAAACAGAGUCAAAUGUAAUUGGGGGAAUCAACAUAGGGAUGAGGCAAUAUUGUUUGGGCCUGAAGAGGAGAAUGGGGUCCAAGUUCCUACACAAGCUCAGUCUGUUGUUGAAGGCUCGAGCACAGUUGUUGUAUCAGAGUACAAGCCCAUACCUGAUAUCGAUUAUCUGCAGGAAUUAUUAGCCAUUCAACAAGAAGGACCUAGAGCAAUCGGUUUCUUUGGGACACGUAAUAUGGGAUUCAUGCAUCAGCAGCUUAUUGAGAUUCUAAGUUAUGCUAUGGUGAUAACGAAAAAUCAUAUUUUCACUUCAGGAGCAUCUGGGACCAAUGCAGCUGUUAUCAGAGGUGCUCUAAGGGCAGAGAAGCCAGAGUCGCUUACUGUAAUCUUGCCCCAAAGCCUGAAAAUGCAACCACCAGAGAGCCAGGAAUUAUUGUCUAAAGUCAAAAAUCUGAUUGAGAAACCUGAGAAUGAUCAUCUGCCAUUGAUUGAAGCUAGCAGGCUCUGCAACAUGGACAUUCUCUCAAAGGUACAGCAAGUGAUCUGUUUUGCAUUUCAUGAUAGCAGAUUGCUCAUGGAGACCUGCCAGGAGGCAAAGAAUCUUCGAAAAAUUGUUACUCUCUUUUACUUGGAUUGAUCUCCAUAUAGAAUGAUAAGAGAUUCUAUCUAAUUUUUGUUUAUGAGAUGGCAGAUGGGGUUCCCUCAAUUACUUUGUUCUUUUUGACUCCCUUGAUAUUUUGGGGGGAAUUAGAUGUAUUUGUCCUGGGGCUUAAAAAGGAGGCUUCUCAUUAUUCCUAUUCUUCGAUAGAAGACAGUUGAAGGUGCAAUGGAGCAGUCAAUAUUUAUUGGUGCAUGCGAGAAAUUUAUAUUGCUGUCAAAGGCUAUGGUUUUUUCAGAAGUAUUUUGUUUACAUUCAAAUCAUAAUUCUAAUGCAAGUUAUGAAAGGAACAUCUAUCUGGCGCAGCGAAUACUGUUGCAGCUUUAGGGCUUGGCAGUGUUUUAAUUAUAUUACAGUCAAAAAGUCUGUAAGGACAAUUUCAGUUAUAAAAA